AUGGACGACGGCCAAAUGAAGAAGCCGAUAACGACUACCGGCGAUGCUCUUCGCGCCGAGCUUGCCGGAGCCGACUCCGACUCGGCCGACCAGCUGCUGACCUCUUUGGGAUACACUCCUGAAAUGAAACGGAAUCGCUCUACUUUCGAAGUUGCCAGCAUGAGUUUCAUUUUAGCGAGUAUUCCAUACGGCUUAUCGACUACCCUCUACUAUCCAUUAGUUGCUAGUGGUCCCGUUGGCAUCAUUUGGGGUUGGUUGGCUGUAUCGCUCAUUAUCCUCACAGUUGCGGCCUCCCUGGGCGAAAUUACCUCGGUCUAUCCCACGGCAGGAGGUGUCUACUACCAAUCUUUCCAGUUAGCACCCCCUGAAUGGCGACAUCUCGCUGCCUGGACCUGUGGUUGGCUCUAUAUGGUUGGAAAUGUAACUAUCACAUUGGCUGUUAACUUCGGAACGACUUUAUUUCUGGUUGGAUGUAUCAAUGUCUUUGAAGCUGCAGACGGCGGCUUAGUGUUUGCCGGAGACCCUUGGCAGGUUUUCCUUGUCUUCCUAGCGAUCACAUUUCUGUGUAAUGCCGUCUCCGCUCUUGGAAAUAAGUGGUUACCCAUAUUAGAUACUUUUGCAAUCUUCUGGACAUUUGCUGGAGUCGUCGCGAUCAUCGUCUGUGUUUUGGCUAUGGCUAAAGAGGGCCGUCACGAUGCGAAAUGGGUUUUCACGCAUUUUGAAGUUAACUCUGGAUGGACUCCUGGUUGGUCCUUCAUGGUUGGUCUCCUACAUGCUGCCUAUGCUACUUCUUCUACUGGAAUGAUUAUUUCAAUGUGCGAAGAGGUUCGAGCACCAGCGGAACAAGUCCCCAAAGCCAUGGUUUUGACUGUUUGCAUCAACACCGUAGCUGGGUUGAUGUUCAUGAUUCCCUUGGUCUUUGUUCUUCCUGACAUUCAGGAACUCAUUCUAUCUGCUCAACCGGUCCCAGUUAUAAUCAAAGCCGCCGUCGGUAACUCGGGUGGCGCAUUCGGUUUACUUAUCCCGCUUCUCGUCUUGGCAUUAAUCUGCGGCAUUGGAUGCACCACUGCAACAAGCCGCUGCGUAUAUGCUUUCGCCCGCGAUGGUGCCAUCCCAGGCUCGAGACUUUGGAAGCAAAUCGAUCAUAGACUCGAUGAAGUGCCAUUAAAUGCUAUGAUGCUUAGCAUGGUGGUCCAAAUCGUUCUCGGCGCCAUCUACUUCGGCUCAACUGCUGCCUUCAAUGCCUUUUCAGGCGUUGGUGUCAUAGCAUUGACAGCUUCCUACGCGGCCCCGAUCGUGAUUAGCAUGCUUACUGGCCGUAAGACGGUGAGCACUGCAAAAUUCAACUUGGGGGCACCGCUUGGCUGGUUCUGUAACAUCGUGGCAACCUGCUGGUCGUUACUCGCUAUCCCGUUAUUUUGCAUGCCUACUAUCGUUCCGGUAGUUGACCCAGCACUCAUGAACUACGCCUCGGUUGUCUUCGUAGGCUUCACUGUGAUAUCUAUUGGAUGGUAUGUUGCAUGGGGCCGUAUCCAUUACAUUGGCCCCCCGGUAGCGUGA